ACCGAACCAUGAGAUGGAUCAUAUUUUGUUUCUCUCACUCCCUUCUGAGAGAUCGUAGUCUCUCUCUCCACAGCAAAUCUCUACACUCUGCUACCCAACUCCAUCCGAAACCCUAGGUGGUCGCCUCCUUCAUCCUCAACCUUAACCCUGCAAUUUUCUGAAUUUAGCAAGGAUUGAUUCAUAUUCUUGAUGCAGAGUGCAGACUAAUGGAGGAGAUGGAUUAUGUGAGCUUAAGUAGUGAGCCACCGAAUAGUUGUGAAGCUGAUAUGCAAGUUGAUGAUCAUUUCCCUUCUUCUACUAAUGAAUGUUCCUCAAAAGCUGAAAAUCAAGAAAAAAAAGAUGAACCAGAACUUGGGAUGGAGUUUAGUUCCAAUGAGGGGGCAUAUAAGUUCUACCUUAAUUAUGGUGGUAAGCUUGGCUUCAAAGUAAGGAGAAAUCAUCAGAGAAAAAAUGCAAAGGGGCUCAUCUCGAGGGUUACCUUUUGUUGUUCAAAAGAAGGUAAAAGAAGAGAGGACAAACGGUACAAUGGUAAAAAACCUUUGUAUCAUCAACCUAUUACAAGAGUUGGUUGUGUGGCUCAUAUGACAUGCCUACUUCAAAAGAAUGGUAAAUUCAAGGUCGUGUCAUUGGAAAAAAGCCAUAAUCAUGAAUUAAUUAGAAGAGCUCCCACGGAAAAUAUGCUGAGAGUUAAUCGAAGUAUUUCUAAGGCUCAAAAAGCACAUGCUGAAGAUGCACACCGGUCGGGAUUACCAAUAAGAGAAACUAUGGAGUUGAUGAGCAGAGAAGUUGGGGGGAGCGAGCAUGUUGGUUUUCUAUAUGAGGAUUUCCCAAAUUACAUACAUAGAAAGCGGAAGAUGGCAAUGGAGAAAGGAGAUGCUGGAGCUAUAUUGGAAUAUUUUCACAAUAUGCAAGUGAAUGAUUCAUCAUUUUUUUAUUCAAUACAGCUCGAUGAGGAUGACAUGAUAACUAAUAUUUUUUGGGCUGAUGCACGUUCAGUUAGUGACUAUGGCCUCUUUGGAGAUGUUGUGUGCUUUGACACUACUUAUCGGACAAAUGAAUAUGGUCGACCUUUUGCACCAUUCGUUGGGGUAAAUCAUCAUAAGAAAGGAGUUGUGUUUGGUGCAGCUUUACUUUAUGAUGAAACCACAGAAUCAUUUAGGUGGUUGUUUGAGACUUUCCUUGGUGCAAUGUCUGGAAAGCAGCCUAAGACGAUUCUCUCAGACCAAUCCGUUGCAAUGGAAAAAGCAAUAUCAGAUGUCUUUUUUGAAUCUCAACAUCGACUAUCUGUUUGCCAUAUUUAUCAAACUGCUGCUAAGAAUUUAAGUCAUGUCUUUCAUGGAUCAGAACAAUUUGUUCAUGAAUUUGGCAACUGUUUGUUCGAUUAUGAAGAUGAAGAUGAAGAUAAGUGGUUAUUGGCUUGGAAUAGUAUGUUAGAAAAAUAUAGUCUCAAAGAGAAUGCAUGGUUGAAAGAGUUAUUUGAAGUAAGAGAAAAAUGGGCAAUGGUUUAUGGACGACACACUUUCACCGCGGACAUGACAUCUACCCAAUGUAGUGAAAUUAUGAACAAUGUGUUAAAGAAUUACUUGAAGCUGAAGCAUGAUCUGUUGCAUUUCUGUGAGCAUUAUGAGAGGGUUUUGAAUGAUAGGCGAUAUGAAGAACUACUUGCAGAUUUGAAGAUGAUGCAAACUAUGCCUACGCUAUUGAUUAGUGCGGAGAUGUUACGUCAUGGUGCAGAAAUUUAUACUCCAGAAGUUUUUGAAUUGUUUCAGAAAGAGUACAUGAGGUGGGGCGAUUACAAUAUAUAUAAAGUGGGUAAGGAGGGGACAAAAGUUGAAUAUAAAGUAUCUUGUGUUGGAAAAUCUGAAGAGCAUGUGGUUAAAUUUGAAGCAUCAACACAAACAGUCACUUGUAGUUGCAUGAAGUUCACUUUUAUUGGAAUUUUAUGUGCUCAUGCGUUGAAAGUGCUGGAUAAGAAGAAUAUAAAAAGGAUUCCACCCCAAUAUAUCAUGAAACGAUGGACAAGAGAUGCAAAGGCAAGGACUAUCUCUAAUUAUCAUGGAAUUGAAGCCAAUGUUUGUCCUAAGAAGUCUGCUGGAAAGCGUUAUAGUCAUUUGUGUCGUAAUUUUCGUGAGAUUUCAUCUUUAGCAUCGGAACAUGAGCUGUUAUAUGCAUAUGCAAAUGAGCGUGCUCUUUUGUUGCUUAAUGACUUGGAGGAGAUGAAGAAAAAAAUUUACUCUGAACAAUUCAAGCGGUGGCCAAUUCAAUGAGAACUCUCUGCCUUGUUAAUUAGCAGUAUUGUACUCUUUUCAUGUGUUACAAACUCCUUUAAUUUCAUGAUCUUGCUACUGUUUUUAUCUUGCAAUUGGUGUUUAAAUUCUAAGGUAAUUUAGAUUACGUCAUUUCUUUUUUA